UUCCGGGCGCGCCAAUUGGCCAAGUAGCCGAAAGCAGCCAAAAGAGCCAACCAAUUUUAGCCGGAACGGCAACAGUUUCUCCUCGAAGACAGCGCCAAAAUAUGCCAACGCCUGAUUGAGGGCCAAAAUCGCGGUCGCGCGUUUUUGUGUAAAUAAACAGAAAACAUCAGAUCAGAAGCCACAUUGAAAUCAAAUUCAAAGUCGAGCGGAACAAAAACAUCAGCGCAUCAUUUAUCACAGAGAAAGAGAUACAGAUCCGCACAAUUUAUUUUUCGGUUUCAGUGGAAGAGCACAAGUUAUUCACAAUUAUUUUACUAAAUGCCAGCGUGCGGAGUGUCUGACCGAUGAGUUGGCCAGCAGCGAACGCGUAACGCAUACGCCAUGUGAGCCGGAUCGAUGGGAUCGUAUUCCGGCCGAGACACAAUGCCAUCCUCCUGUAAAUAGCCAGCAGCCUUUUCUACUCGCGUCUCUGUCAAAUGUGUGUCCGUGUAUCCGCCACUGUAUAUACUGUAGACUCUAAUUGUUUAAACCACAAUAAAAAACGAAACCAACCAAAGAAUAAAUAAAUAUAACAAAACGCUCGUGUUUUGGCCAACAGAACGCGUAGCACACACAAGUUUCGGUGCAAAAACGGGUAUAAAUAAGCGAAAUAAUAUGCGAAUGCUGUAGGAAUAGUUAAAUUAUUAGGAUUAAUCGAUUGGAAUUUCGCGCGCAAUAAGUACUAAUUGUAAACACGGGCAGCAUGGGACCAAUCAGACUCUAGAGCUAGCCACGCAUCCACAAAGUUAGUUGGACGAACGCCGGUCACGAUCACGAUCACUAUUACGAUCACAAUGGAUUAUAGCCGACUGAAUGCCAACAUCAAUACGGGCAACAUCAGCACCGAUGACUUUCUGGCCGUCUUCUCGACCGGAAAGCCGGACAAUGCCACCCUCAAUCCGCCCCUGCUCAGUGUCGAUGGUCAGCUGACCCUGCCGCCGGGAUCGGGAUAUGUCAAUGUCAACGAUACGAUAUUCUUCCUGAAUGGCAGCUUCUACAACAGCAGCCUGCAGCUGGCGGCGGGAUUCUAUAAUCAAAGCAGUGCUUCCGGGGCGACAUCGGGCAAUUUGACCAAUCCGAAUCACACAGAAGUCCACUGGGAUGGCCGGUAUCCCAGUGGAUAUACGCUUACGCACAUCGUGAUCGCCUCCAUUAUUGUGACGAUCCUGAUGAUUAUCAUCGUGGUGGGCAACAUGCUGGUGAUCAUAGCCAUUGCCACGGAGAAGUCGUUGAAGAAUAUACAGAACUGGUUCAUUGCCUCGUUGGCGGUGGCCGACUUCUUUCUGGGCCUCAUCAUCAUGCCAUUUUCGCUGGCCAAUGAGCUAAUGGGCUACUGGAUCUUCGGCAGCUGGUGGUGUGACAUCCACUCCGCGAUGGACGUCCUCCUCUGCACCGCCUCGAUCAUGAACCUGUGCCUCAUCUCGUUAGAUCGCUACUGGAGCAUCACCAAGGCCGUCGACUAUCUGAAGUCGAGAACGCCGGCGCGAGCCGCCGUCAUGAUCACGGCAGUCUGGAUUAUGUCCGCCCUCAUCUGCAUACCGCCGCUCCUCGGCUGGAAGGUGAAGAUGCCAGAGGGACCGCUGCCCAAGUGCGAGCUAAGCGAGGACAUUGGCUACGUGCUGUACUCGGCACUGGGCUCCUUCUACAUACCCAGUUGCAUCAUGGUCUUUGUGUACAUACGAAUUUACUUUGCCGCCAAGGCGCGGGCGAGGAGAGGCAUUAAAAAGCAUCCCCGCAAAACGAACAACGAACAGGUAACGAGCUUCACCACCGCCAAGAAAGGAACAAUACCGAUGCCCUCCUCGAGCGGCGUGUCCGCUUUGCAGCUGCACCAGCAGCGCCAAAUAGCCACCAUCGAGACACCACCGAACAGCGCCAGCCUACCGAUGCAGAUACCCACGGUGACCAUGGACCUGGCCUCCGACAUAUCCACCUCGGAGGCGGGGGAACUGGAGGCGGUGGCCGCCCAAACGGUGCUUGCCUAUGCAAAUCCCAAUGGUGCGGGCACGAAUUCGGUCACCGUGGUGAGCAGCGGGAACGGGGGCCCUGGGGCGUCGGGUGUUCCACCCAGCUCGCCGAAGGAGACGCUUCAGGUGAGCACGAUAGCCACCGGUCGGGUGGGUCUCAAUGUGCCCGUGCCACCGUCCAUGGGCAGCAAUAGUUCCAUCAAUGUGCUGAACAACAACAACGGUACCGUGGCGAUGGAUGGAGGUGCCACCGCCGCCGGCGGGGGAAAUGGUAGUGCUGUAGCGACGCCUGGUGGACUGCAGCAAACGGGCGGUAAUGAGCUGCGCGUCUCUCCGAUCGCCGGACGGUGUCGAGCCCUAUCCGUGGGCGUGGACACGGACAUGGUGAGUGAAUUCGAUCCAUCCAGCAGCGAUUCGGGCGUGGUCAGUCGCUGUGCCGUGGUCAAGCCGCUCAAGUUUCGCCUUUGCCAGCCGAUCUUCGGGCGCAAGUCGAGUAACCAGCAGCGGCGCAACGAGGCCAAAGCGGCGGCCAAGAAUCAACAGUCCAGUGGAGUGGCCAGCAAAAAUCAGCAGCAGCAGCAGCAGCAACAGCAGCAGCAGGUAGUAAAGUCGGAACUGGAGCCGGCCAUACCGAAGACACCGAAGCCCAGGGAUCCGGAGAAGGAGAAGCGACGAAUUGCGCGAAAGAAGGAGAAGCGGGCCACCCUAAUUCUGGGCCUGAUCAUGGGCAGCUUCAUCGCCUGCUGGCUGCCCUUCUUCUUCCUGUACAUCCUGGUGCCGGCAUGUAGCAGCCAUUGCAACAUACCGGAAUCGGCGUUCGCCGUCGCCUUCUGGCUGGGCUACAUGAAUUCGGCGCUCAAUCCGGCCAUCUAUACCAUCUUCAACAAGGACUUCCGACGCGCCUUCCGGCGCAUCCUGUUCAAGUGAUGUUUGGCCUAUGUGUGCUGUUACAGGUGCGUUUACGCCAGCAUCGAGAAGGCAACCGAACGUGCCAUGGGCAGCACACCAAUGGGCUAUGGUCAUGGCAUGUAUCAGCACUACAGGCGUUAGAUUUGCUUCGUUUUGGCAGUGCCAUAGGUCUCUACAAAAAACAUAUCCUAUUCCAAUUCCCCAUCCCAGAACUGCAAAGCUAUUGAUAUAUUUAUAUAUAUGCACAUAUCCCAUAUUAUCCAUUGGAUUAUUUCAUAUAAUGCCUCAAGUUCAAUACAGUUCAAAUGGUUUUCUUUAAAGGUUUUUAGCAACAUAAUUUUUCUACAAGUUCCAAAAGAUAAAAUAUUUUAAAAUAAGCUUCUUGUUUCAGCUAUCGAUAAUAUCGACUAACCGAAUAAUCCAUAGUUUUGCAGCUCUAUCCACUCCCAUAAUUUUUUUCUUUGAAUAAAAAAAAAGUAACGAACAUUGUAGCUCAUUUCAAAAGCAAUGAACGGCUGUGAAUUUGAUGGAAUCUCUCAAUUUCAAUUUACGCAUUUUGGUUUCAUUUCGUUUCAUUUCGUUUGGAUUCUCGAGCACCCUUGAACCCAGAGACCCCAAUCCCGGAGGCCCCAUAACCCCCAUGGCCCACAGAACUCCCAGACCAACCGAACGAACUUACCGCAACCCACACACUUUUCACACUCGACGAGCUCAUAGAAAUGCAUGAGCUGAGCAAACAAGAAUUUGAGCUGGGCAAACAUCUAUUAUGCUCCCUGAAUGGAUGUGUCCGCCAGCGACGUCUAUGGCCAUUCAACUUAAAAUAAUUUCGCACAAUUUCCAUUUGCGGCUGCAUUGCCAAUGACAAAUAUCAGUGCAGACUGCAAAUGUUUCGAAAGUCGGACUCAGGUAGUCCCAGAUCCACAUUGUUCCAUGCUGGCUUUCAAAAUGCAGGUCAACAAGUGUGAACGCUGAAGUCGAGCGAUGGCAACAAAUUAAUUUAAUUUAUUUUUAAUAUUUUGGCAGCCGCUUAUCCAAUGCUUCGACGACGAAAAUCUUGGAGUUAGGCUGCAGUUGGCCGGGGGCCAAAUCAAUAAUUCCUUGUGCACACAAAUGUAACUGAAAUCCAGCACAAUGGCCGCACAAUUUGUUGUAACAAAGUGAGCACACACAGCUAUGGAAAUAGAAAAACAGAAACCAAAACAGCGACAGAUUCCACAAGGCAGGCGCAGUUUUAUUCAUUCACUCAAAGAUGUUUCACUCGGCGACACAGAAAGUGGGAGCCCAAAAAAAUAAUCCAAAUGUAUGGGAACCAAUGCCUAAUGGGCACAGACAGAUGCAAACGCAAAUGGUUGGAUUCUACACUCAAAGAAAGCAGGGCAUUGUUUUAUUUUUGAAAUCAUUCCGAUCAAACAUAUAGGAUAAACUUGUAAAUUUUCUGAUAUUACUUUCAUAUCCUUAGAUACAUAUAAUUCAACUUUAUAAAAGGAAUUUCGCAUAACCAUUUCAGAUGGUUUAUUUGGAAAUCUAGAACAUUUACCUUUCAGUGUACCUCAUUCCAUGGCACCAUUUUCUCCACCAUUUCCCACUUUAGUUUUUGGCUAUGCAUCAGCAAAUGCAUGCGCCCGGCCGAGUGGAAUAGACAGCCCGUCACCCAGUCAGGCAGUCAGUCAGUCAGUCAGCCAUUCAGUCCGUCCGUCAUUCAACCAUUCAGUCAGUCGAACGGACAGACAGUCGUCACUGGAACGCUACAAUGACACCGAGUUAGACGGAAAGAUGGUGACAGAGGAGCAUCCAGGAUGAGAAGGGGGCGGACCGACUGACAGACUCUGUUUUUGGCAUGUGGCCCAGAAUGGCUCUCCAUUUCGUUUGGCUGGUUGGGCUUGUUUUGCUGGGCAAAGCCAACGAAAAAAAAAAAAAUGGCAAGGAAAUACUAUAUAUAGUAUGUGGCACGACCCAGAGAAUCCACACAAAACACGGAGGAGCGCCAGUCUCCCAGUCUAUGCAUAAAUUUUACGUACAAUUUAUUUUACUUCCUGUGUGUGCUGGCUGGCCUGGCCAUCACCUUUUUUGACACUUUGUGGCAAGAUGCAACAAUAUCUGCGAGGCACUUGUAACCAUUAUCGGCUAGAUUGUAAUCUGCAUAGAGCAAGCUACUAUCUUCAAUAUAACAAAUAAAAUCACCUUGUCCUAUGGGCCGCCCAAAAAAUUUAUGGCAGCUCUUAGCAGCGCUGGAACUUUCAACACAUGUCGGCAUAGUCGAAGAUUGAUCUGAUUUAUAGCUAUGGGCAAUAGCCUAAGUGCUUGUGGUUGCCGAAGACCUCUUAAAAUUGUUUAAGAACGCAUAAAUAAUGCGACCGAGAUCGGCCAUGAAUGCGCCUUGGUGCCACCAAGUGUUACAUUUGAAUAAAUGGAAAAUGGAAAAUGGAAAAUGGAAAUCGACGAGAGAACUUUGAUGGUGUUGAAAGACAAACAGCAAAGGCUUUUGGUGCCUGCAUUUUUUAUGGAUCACGCAGCAUUCUGCUGAACGUUUUGGCAUUGUCAGCAAUGUGUGUACAACAACUGCACUCAAAUGACAAUUUGAACAACGACAGAAAGUCCAACAAUAACACCAACAACAACAACAACAACAAGCUAAAUGGCAGGACCAAAAAAAAAAAGGACCGUCGUGCACAAAGCGAAAUCGAAAACAAUUGAAAUCGACAGCAAGGGUAAAUUCAUGUGCGGGUGGUGCAAGAAGUCUGGUGCAGCAAGGGUGGUGCAGCAGGUGCUGCAGAAGGCACAUUAAAAUGCGCGACUACACGGCAAAAAAGCAUUAAUAAAACAAAACGCAUUUUGCAGUAAGCGCAUCCAUACAAAUCAUAGCAAAUCUCUCUAACAUAACAAUUCAAAAUAUCCUCAAAAUAGAUAUAUUUGCAGAUUCCAAGGAUAGAUUAUGCGAAUCUUAUUGAAAAAUCUGCUCUAACAUUCUAAGAAUUUUUAUUCAGUGUUAGUUAGUUCGAUUUUAUUAUAUUCCCGCAUUGUUUUCAGUGUAAGCGCACAUACAUCCUAUACGCACGCAGCACUUAACUGCACUUAGGUGCGACAGCCAGAUGAGUGUCGAACGGCAUUCCACGGAUGGCAUUGUUUUGCCAGGCGCACUGAAAGUCAUUUUCACUUAAAGCCGGCGUAAAAAGCUGGCAGGCAUUUUAGACCACGCUGCGUAUACGCAACGCCAUCCAUUGUUUCACCUUUUUUUUUUUUGGUAAAAACCGCUUUUGCCUGCUUUACUAACGACUGAGGAGCAUUAAUAAAAUUGCAAUUAACGUCACAAUUAGCAAUCACCAUAAAUUAAAUGCUCGACAACAAUUGAGAAAUUGAACACAACAAAGUAGCCAAAACAAAGAAAAAAAACAAACAAGAGGCAGAGAAAAAAUGUGAUGAAAAAACAUUUUAAAUAAUUCAGUGCUAUUUAAAUUAAUUUCCAUAAUUGAAUUAUGGGAUUCGGAAUGCAAAUUUUUUGCUUUGUUUGCCUUAAUUGUUUUCAGUCAACAUGGGAGUGGUCCGAAAGCGAGUAAAUAACAAAAUUAAUAAUGACAUAAAAACAUUUUAGAUUACUGUUGUGUCGUAUUGUCUCUUAUUUUUUGUUUUGUAAAUUUUAAUUCCGGACGCCGUAGGCCGCAAACCCGCUCGUGAAAUUUAAUUAUUUAUUGCGCAAAAUGCGUAAUCUAGAAUUUGCAUUUCUGUCAACAUCUAUUUCGGCGCCAAGCAUUAUAUGCCAUAAGCCAAUUUAAUGCCUGAUUAACUUGCCAAAUUGCACAGGUAUUUAUAGAAAAUCGGAUUGACAGCGAAAUUCACUUUAAAUGCAUUUUUGUUUGCGGUUGCGAAAUUUUCCAACUAUUUCGCCGAUAUUGGUAAAUAUUUGGCUGCAUUUUUUGUGCGAAUUACUAUCGCUCAUGCAGACAAAUGUUUAUUUAUGCGUUACUAUUGCCCAGACGCGCCACUCAUAAUUACAAGCUCUUUCAGAGCUCUAGCAAAUAAAUUACACUAUAAAACAAUGUGUAUAAAAGCAUCAAAGCCAUCAAUAAAACGGCGUUCAUUAUCGUUUACGAUCCACCCACAUGAUAAACACGUGAAAAGUGCACACGCAGAGAACUGCAUUGUUGCCGGGAAUCGCAUGAACGCAUUUGUGGCGACGGAAUUUUUGGAUAUAGCCGUAUAUACUUUUGGAGCAAUUAUCAUGGCUAUUAGGCAGCAGGAGCAUGAAUCAUCGAAAUGACGCUCGCUGGCCUGCAUAUUAAUUAGUGGAGUAUAAAGGCCAUAAAUGUAAAACUCAUAACGACAAAUGUUUGGACCAUAAAUAUGCACUUAGGUAUUUAUGCGCAUUGACAGCAUGAAUAUUUAUGAGCCACUGACGACGACGACGACGACGACAGCGGACAUUAAAAUGCGCACCCUCCCCCGUUGAUUAAUUGGAAAAGUUAAGUCGGUUAUGCUGGUUCGCUUCGGUUCAACGGGUCGUAUGCUUGAUGCUUCUUACCUCCCCAUUUUGCAGGUCUGAAAAUGCCGCCCAAAACUAAGCAAAUCCAAUGCCUGUGUUCAGGUUUAGAGACGAGAAGAUAAGAGAUAGGAAACGCCAUGCGACCAUGUAAGUUCAAGUUUUGAGGCUUGUCUUUCAAAAUCAAAUAAAAAAAAAAAUUAAGAAAAUACAAUGACUGAAAUGUUAAAUGAAAUUAUUUCAUUGCAAAAACCAAACAAAUCGCAUGUAACUUAAACGUAUUUCAAUAUUUAAUCUUAAACUUUUUGCUAAUUGUAAACUAGACACAAAUAUUUAUAUACAUAUAAAUAUUAAAUAUAAACAGAUCUAUAUAUAUAUAUAUAUAUAUAUUAAAGUUGAAUUUUGAAAUUAGAUAAACGCAGCCGGCGGAUAUUCGAAUAGUUCAGAUAUAUUUAGCAUAAUUUAUAGUUGCCGAUAAAUGGAAACGUUUACUCAUUUAAUUAAAUCGUACGGCAUAUGCAUAGCAAAAUUUUAACUCAUUAUAACUCAUACGUGUCUGUUCCACUAGUUGUGCGUAGAUCAAAUAUGAGCAAACAUAAAAUACCACCAGAUUACGAUACCAAAAACCAUAACUAUACUUCACGGAACCGAAAACACAUUGUACAACAAUCUGUGAGUAUGCAAAUGUAUAUCAAAUCAAGCGGUUAAAAAUCAAAUUUCGCAAACUGGCGAAAUUAAUGAACAUAAAUUAAAAAAAAAAAAAAACUACCUACAUUUUAAGCGGAAGUCUUCCACUACAAUUACGCUCUAACCACGUGCAUUCUAUUUGUAUUUGUUCCCUCGUUUUACCGACUUCAACUUCUGUUUCCGGGCAGACUAUGUAACUAAAUGUGUGUAUAUCGAAUAGGUGUAUGUAUUUGAAAAGGUUUCUUCCCCAAACAAAAAAAAAAAUAAUAAUAAAAAUAAAAUAAACAAACUAAGCAACAUCGGAAACAUGAAACUAGCAAAAAUCCAAUUGUUAAGCAAAUGGAAAGCAUAAGCCAUAAAUUUACAUUAAUAGAAAAAUGCUGCACAAAUUUGCAUGUUAGUUUCGUUAGUUAGUUUACUUCCAUGUAAGUUACGAUUAAUAAACUGUAGUUAACAAAGGUAAAAAAAAUACACAAAAAUGUGCUACGAAUAAGUAGAAACUAUGUUUAAAUGCCAGACAUGGUCGUUGUUGCUUUUAUUUCCAUCUGUUAUAGAGGAGCGAGUUCUCGUUUCGUUUUAUUUAUACAUUUUUGUAGUGUCCACAUAGCUAACAACGAAGUAACAUGGUGCUAUGAGCUACGAUCCUCCUCCUCGGUUCAUCGUGCAUCGCAUCUCAUCUCUUAGCCAUUUAGUCCAGUCAGUCAGUCAGGGUGGUCAAAACGUUAAAAUCUGAGCCCCUUUUAACGUCUUGGUUGCAUUUAGAGCAGCACCACCCAAAAACUAAAGCCCAACAAACAUUAUACACUCAUUCACAACACUCGCCCACAAAGGAGAACUUAAAUCAAAAUUGAAAGUUAGUUAAGGAAAUUAAGAGCAUUUGAAACCAACCUACUUAGCUGCUAAGCAUUGUAAAUACCUAUUACUUACGCCGUGUUAUAGUUCAACUUACUAAAUAUAAUACGAUUACGAUAAUUGAAAUGUAAAUUGAGCAACACAAAUUGCAAAUUGAAGCCACCAAAGAAUUGAAUUUUCGCAUGUAAGUCGAACAAGUAAACUAAAAAGUAUUUAAUUAAACCAAAGCUAAGACUAAGUGUAGACCGAGUAAAAACCCCCCUUUCUUACCCUCACCAAAAAAAAAAAAAAAAAACAACAACAAGCAACAAUAGUCGAAAACUUUUAGCAUUUAGGCAAUCAUAUAUCAUAGUUGAACUUAACUAAAGAAAUGGCAAUUCAUCCCAAAAACUAUGUGUACAUUUUCUGAGAAUAGCCAAACGACAAAACACCAAGAACUAAGACGCAUUUAAAAUCAUUAAGUUUCAUUGUUUUUCUACCACCACACCAGUUGAGUUUGAGCAAACGUAUGUAACAUUUACCCAUUGUAUGGGGGACACGUUGUUUUCCUAAGAUCUUGUAGCCUAAGUGAAACUUAUAAUAUAGAGCAUACGAUACAUAAUGACUACGAGAACUAAAUUAAAACUAUUAGCUAAGCGAAUACAUAUGUCCAGUAGAAAGGACAAUAAAGAUUUAAUUGAAAUUAUAUAGUACGAUUACAAUUACCACUAAAUGGCCGACGAGAAAUAUCUCCCGAGGCUCCAAACUCGAACUCAUCAAAACCAAGCUAAAGCUAAACAAACAAAAUACUAAAAAGAAACCUUUUAAAAAUUACUCUCGUUAAGCGAAUCACAAAAAACACAAAAAAAAAAAACAGUGCGCUGAGGCAGAAAUCAU